UCCGUGAUGGGCUCGAGGUUGCUGGUGCUGCUGCUCGUAGUAGCCCUGGUCUCCCACACUCCUGCCCUCGCCGACCCCAACGUUGGGUCAGGCGACGGGGCCCGCGAGCCACGUUGGGUGACGGCCUCUCCGUCCCGAGCGACAGGAGACGAUCUUUCCGUCGUCACUGCCUCCGCUGCCGCUGCCGCUGCCGCAGCCGCAGCCGCCGACGACCCAGACGUCGACGCCGAAGGGGAUGAAGUGAGCUUGACGGCCACAGCCUCCGCCACCGCGAAAAAUAACAGCGUGACCAACAUAACGGCACAGCUGGGCGCAUCUGUCUUCCUGCCUUGCAAGACACAUCACUCCAUGGAGAGACAGCUCCUGCCGCAGGUGUCUUGGGUGCGGCGGCGGGAUUGGCACAUCCUCACCUCCGGCACCCUCACCUACACCAAGGAAGAGAGGUUCACCGUCCACCAUCCAGAGGGCAGUACCGAGUGGACGUUGGCCAUCAAGUACGUGGAGUUGGAAGACGCCGGCACCUACGAGUGUCAGAUCUCGACGGGUGGAGGUAUCGUGUCACAUCUGGUGAGACUGAAUGUGGUGGUGCCGCGGGCUGUGAUACCUGGCAACGGGGAGUACCACGUCGAGUCUGGCUCCACCAUCUCCCUCGUGUGUUUCAUCGAACAGAGCCCCGUGGCGCCGCAGUACAUAUUCUGGUACCACAACUCACGGAUGAUCAACUACGACAGGGAGCGAGGUGGGGUGAGUGUCCACAUCGAGAGUGGGCCUCGGGUUAAGUCGCUCCUCAGUGUCAGUAAUGCUCGGUCUUCGGACUCCGGCAACUACACGUGCGCUGCGGCCAACACUAAACCAGCCUCCAUCACUGUCUACAUCACGGAAGCAGCUAACAAGAUCGCCGCAAUACAGCCCCGGGCGGUGGACUCAUCCGUGUCUCUACGUGGCUCUGUGACGCUACUGGCGGGGCUGCUCCUCCUCACACACCUCAUCACCUGCCACUGAACCUCCUCCAUCACCUGGCCUCCACCACCUGGCCUCCACCACCUGGCCUCCACUUGGCCUCAUAAUGGCCUCCCCCGAAUACCACCACCAUCACUGCUAGGGCCAUUGAGAGCCCUCCAUGCUGUCACCAUUUGGAUGACUGAAUCUGGACCACCACAGCUAAAACAAUUAAACCUGGACCUCCACAGCUAAGACAAACUUUGACCUCCACAGCUAAAACAGUUAGACUUGACUUCCAUACUUCAACCCCUUUAUAUCUAAAAUAAAAUCAAUCCUUUGUCAAGAUGAUAAAAUCUUUUUAGGGUUGCAGCGUUAGGUGCACACAAAGAGAGAGACAUGAUAUAUGACAGACAGGCGGACGAAACUUUAUCGGUCUGGAAAACAUAAAACGACAAUUAGACAGGGAAGACAACACGCAGCCAAGUCAGUAACUUUAACUUGGCUGACAAACAUUUAAAAUAAACAUCACAUUCAACUAACAUAUACAGUUUAAACCACCUCACACUGGACAGUUGUCAACCUCUAUCAUUAUUAGCUCUAAUGAUACAUUUAGUUAAUCAUUGAACACAGCUGAACACGUCAACACUGUCACAAACAAUCAGGAAGAAACAGACAAUAAAAAUGUUUUAAUGUGUCAGAAAAAUAAUUGUCCUGAGAUUAAAGAGAAUAAGAAAAAUAUGGUAGCGUUCCAAAGGUUUUUCUUUUAUUUACAGGAUAACAGACUGAGACAAGAGUGAGACAAGACUGAGACAAGACUGAGACAAGAGUGAGAUGAGACUUAUCUCUGUUGUUUAUGAUUAGUUGAGGUAUACAAGACAACAGCUGGACAAACAACCUAAUAACAUGUAAGGUCAAGUUGUGGAGGUCAUUAACAAAUUAACUAAAAUAAUAAUAACAGAGAGGAAGACUAAGUGACAGUUUAUUAAAUGAUGACCUAAUCAUUAUGGUGGAGACUUCGUCCAGCGUGGAGACAGUUUAUGGGGUGUGAUGGAGACAUAAUAACACUGAAACAAUAUAUACAUAUAUAAAUAAAUAAAUAACUAAAAACUAAGUGUUGUGGUCGAAUGCUGUCCAUAUUGCACCAACUUCUUUCUCCGGAGAAUAAAGACUUAUGAACUAUAAAUAUCCGAGAAUGAAACAAAAAAAAAUCAGAUGUGAACAAAAAACUGGUCCUAUGAACACUGAUGAACAGUUGUCGGUCCAGCAGUGGCAGAGAAAACAUUAUGUGGGACAAUAUUGUGUUAAGUCACAGAGACUCUCGGCCACUCCCAUGCUAAAUGUGUAUUCUAUAUUUUUGGCACGUGAGCACCCUACAAGACCUGGCCUGGUGGUGUGUGAGUGUGUACGUCUGUGAAUGCGUGAUGUAUACGUAGACUUUCUUACCCAGUGGACGACGAAGAUAGUUCUGAAUAAAUGAGCGACUUGUAUCUGGGUAAGUCAUUAGAAAUAUAUGUGUGUGUGUGUCAGGUAAUCACUCAAGCGCACGCGAUUCUCUACGUGGAACAACAACAUGUCAUGAUAAGAAAGACUCACAAGUGAUAGGGUAGAAAAGUUCAGAAGUGAUCACUGGAGUCAAACUUUAUGGUUUGAGUGAGGGAAAGAGCAGUGGAUGUCCAAGUGUAUCGAGAGAAGUUGAACGAGAAACCAGAUACACAUAAAAGAAAAAAAAAAAAAAUACAAAACAUGAAAAUCUCGAUGAAGGUAUAAAUGCUGUGGAGGAGAAUAAGUGACAGAAUCCUGAAAACUUUUUCUCUACUGACAGGUGACAUUACGUAACUGAAGAGUGAGUGAUGGAAGACCUUGAACACUUUACAUACAGGAACAGGAAGAAACAUAGAGAGAACAUAUAAGUAUAAUGUACUCCUAUGUGUGUAAAUAUAAUGAUGAAGCGUCCUAAUUAUUCCUAGACUGCUAAUAUACUGUUAGACUACUUGGCCGAACUCUCACGGCUAUGUAUAAUGACAAUAUAAUACUACAUGUUAUAUAUGGAGUAAAAAUAGCGUAUGAUGCUGAAAGGGUUAUAUUAGGACGUUAACAGACAUAAAUAACAACCGGACAAGACUUGGGAAAUAUUUAAUAAGAGAAAGUAAGAAGGAACGGUAACGUCACAGAUAAUGAUGACGGAGUGUCGUGAUGCUGACUGAUGAUGCUGAUAAUGAUGAUGAUAACGGAAAAGGUGAGAGUGGAAUGGAAGACGAUGGAUACAUGAUGACACCAAUGGAAAAGGAAUCUGUAAAGUAGGGAAUGAAGACGAAUACAGGUGAGAUAUUACGAGAAACAAAUAAUCGAAUUAAUCACCAGGUAAAUUAUGUUAAUGAAGAGAGGAUAAUAAUGUGGAUUAAUUAAAUAUAAAGUUAAUGAGUGUAUAGACGUACAUAGGUAAUAAGUCAUUACACCUUGAAGGAACUUUGGUUAAUAGUUGCAAAUGAAGAAAAAUAAGAGAUGUUAAGGAAGAGAAAUGAGUAAGAAGUGAAACAGAUAAUAAUGAAAUAUAAUAAAAUAGAAAAAAAAGUAACUAGUGUCCUGAUAUAAAUAUAGAAAGAAAUAAUGAGUAUAAAUAUUAGUGAAUGAAUAAAAAAUAUAGAAAAAUAAAAUAAAAAUACAAAAAAAGUCAUGAAUAAAGAAAUUGAAGAACUGAGAAAUGAAAAGAAAACGAAACAUAAUAAAUAAAGACCAAAUAAAAAAAUAAUAACGUAAAUAAAAACAGUGACGGAAAAUACAAGAACGAAUUAGGUAUAGGAAGGAAGAGAAGAGAAUAAUUAGAGAAUAAAUAUAAUGGAGAGAAAGGAACAGACAAUAUGAAACAUGCAAAGUGAAAGCUACUGAAGAAGAUGGUGAUGAAGAGCUUAGAGGCUCCAGCGCUGAGUGUCCGGCCAGCUCAAUAUCUCAAUAUUUUCAUAAGUGUAAAACAAAAUGGAAAAAAAAUUAUCUUUGCAUAGUUAAUGUCCCCCCUUAUCUCCCUCUGUGUGUGUGUGUGUGUGUGUGUGUGUGUGUGUGUGUGUGUGUGUGUGUGUGUACCGUGGCGUCAGUGGUAAAGAUCAUAUAUAUAUAUUUUUUUGGUCCUUAUGUUAAUAUUAAUACCAAGAAAAAAAGUUUCAAUUGUUGUCUAUGGUUAGUUUUAGUCAAUAAAUAAAUGUUUGACUUAAGAGAUUACUUCACUCUUAUAUUACAUAACUAUUUAAGGCUAUUUUAGAUCUGUAUAAUAUAGACCUUUUUUCUCACUAUAUUUGACGACUUAAAAUAGGAUAAUUAGAUCAAUUAAUAUAAUUUACAAUUUUAUAUAUGAACUGAAGUUUUCUUAAUUGACAGAUAUAAGAAAAGUUUCAAGUUUUACGGGAUUUCAGUUCCAUUUUGUUAUUUGCAGAUCUAUGAACUAUGAAUACUACUCAAAAUUUAUAAGAGCUAAUGUCCACUGUUAUCUACAUACGUCAAUUUGUUCAUAAAAGUUGCAAUUAAAGAAAGAGCCAUAUAUGGAACAAGAAGGCAGACAUACUAUGGCUUAAUCAGGCAACCGAUGGCUAUAUAUCACCUCAAUGGCUCACUCAUGCCUCAGUGACUUAAAUAUAUGUUACAUUAAUGAAACCUGAAGGAGUACAGUACCUGGUGCUUAUAUUCCGGCUCCUCUGGUUACUGACUGAACAUAAGUACUCGCUCUUACACCCAGCUACACUAUCUCCUACACGCACCUACACCUUCAUACACCCAUCUACACUAUCUCCUACACCCACCUACACCCUCUUACACCCAGUUACAUUUACACGCAUCUACACCUAUACCAGUUUACACCCACACAGAGUAAGGUGUAUAUUUGGGAAUUUCACUCAUGGCUGCUAACAAACACGUGUAGUGUAGCUGGGUUAUAGCGAGGCUCGUGCUCUGAGGUGUCGAGAUUAACGGCAGAUUAUCAACACUAACUACUAAAGCGAAGAUCAACUAUGACAAUUAUUCUCGGUGUGAGAUACUCGACAGAUCUAACUCGACAGAUAUCCAAGAGUUUAAUUUCGCUAUCAUUGGGUGAAGUGAGGUUGUUAUGUCCGCGUUUGUGCUUGUUCGUGUGAAUAAAGUAAACACUAAUGCCAUCAGUGAGCCAUUAUUCAAUUUCAUGGUUUUGAGGGAAUUUUGUUAUAGAGAAGUGAGCGGGAAGUCAGUUGAUUGAAGCUAUAUCCCGUGCAGCCUGAUAGACAUGUUAUCAUCCAUAUAAUGCGUCUUUUAAUGAUCCAAAACAAAAUUCAUGUUUGAUUGGGACAUCAGCACUUCUCCUGACGGUAACACAUCCCACAGGGUGACAGUCUGACGCCCUACAGAUGUUUGCCUGCAGGCGACUGUCACCGUAGCGUCUCUCUCUCACACACUCCGGCCACCACGUACUGUACGUCACCUUCUUUAUAUUCCUCAUCUUGUGUACACUGGGUGUUUACCUACACGACCGCCAUGUGUACACAUGGCUAAACAUGUGCGUCAGAGAGUAUAUGUGUGUGUAUGUCGGUGAAUCAAGUCAUGUCAAGGAAGGCUCCUCCAGGGCAGGCGAGGGACGCUUCCCAUCAUGUGUGGGGAGAAAUACAGCCUCGUCCGCUGUCAGAAGUAGUACACUAAAGGUGUACUUGGUGUGCCGAGACAAAAGAAGACUUUAGAGCCAGAUGUACAGAGACACAAUGUACCAUAUAUACACUGUGCAGGUUUGAUAUGUAAAAGGCUGGUAUUCUUCACUACCAAUGACAGGGUCCCGCUGCUAGUGCCGUCUGUAUACACUAUAAUGGUCGGCACUUUCGUUUCAUACCGUUACGUAGCUCGACAAUUCUUAUGCUGUAGGAUUUUUUUAAGGUUAGGUUAUCCUUGUAUCCCACAAAGGGUAAAUGUAAGUAAACGUGAGGAUGGUGAAGACAUCCUGUGCCACACCGGUGUUCCAGGAGGCUUCACGCCCUCUCUCACUACCCUUAAACCUUCCUUACUGUGGGUGACCUGGGGGAAAUAUAAACAAAAAUAUCUUUCAUGCUGAGAAAUUUGCGAUUUUCUAGUGAAUGAAUUGUGAUACAUAAUCUUUUUUGUGACAAUUGGUAGACUGUAUACUACAAAAUUCCUGCAGUGAAUGUUAACAUGUUUUGCACGUAACAUAAUAGUGGAAAGAACUUACCUCCUAUCUCCGAGAACAAUAUAAACCAUGUGUAAUAGCAAUGUUUUCAUGUAUGCAUAUACAGUAUAUAUAUAUAUAUAUAUAUAUAUAUAUAUAUAUAUAUAUAUAUAUAUAUAUAUAUAUAUAUAUAUAUAUAUAUAUAUAUAUAUAUAUAUAUAUAUAUAUAUAUUUAUAUUUAUAUAUUUAUAUAUGCAGUAUUAUUGCAAGUCUCUUGCCAUGCAUUCACCCAUAUUCUUCUAAUACCCCUAAAAGCCAUACUAGCUUAAUAAUGCCGAUAAAUUGAUUUUUUGCACCAUUCGUUAUACGGAGAAAAACUCUUCUUAAUAAUAUAACCCAAAUAAAUAUGUUAUGGCGAGACACAAGAGGAAUAACUUCAUGAAUAAUCCAGAGUAACAUAACUGCUUCCUUACCUCCUCCUCCUCACACCUAACACACAAACAUUAUUUCGGUCAAAAUUAAAACAUUGCGUUGCUAAAGACUUGCUAUAUAUAUAUAUAUAUAUAUAUAUAUAUAUAUAUAUAUAUAUAUAUAUAUAUAUAUAUAUAUAUAUAUAUAUAUAUAUAUAUAUAUAUAUAUAUAUAUAUAUAUAUAUAUAUACGUACACAAAUUCACGUGUAAGCGCCCAUGUACAUAUAUUUUCCUAGGGCAAUGGCGAGCUCAAAGUUACGUAUAACGUUCUCCGUAUUUUGCAUAUUUUAUCUUUUCAUGGUUUCCAAGUUUCGCGGAAGUGCGUGUCGAUGCCCUCGGCCACGACGUUUUGUGUAUUGCCUCCCCCUUACCCUAGACACUUACUGCCGUUCUAAGUUAAUCGGCUUGCCCUUCUAUGAAGAAAAAAUCCCUAAAAAGUUAUUUAACGGAUUUAUAUGUGGAUAUUUAUUAUCUUUCUUUCCUGAUUGGGUCUUAUGAAAGCAUUUAGAUUUAAGUUUGUAUUAUUGUUUAUUCUAUGUAAGGCGAGAAACGGUGUCCAUGUAGACUGAAAGUGGUGGUGUUCCGGAUAUAAAUUAUUCAGAAAAGCUUUUUAGGAAGAUUUUUCUACCUAGAGUGCUGCAGUUUCAUGUCUUGGUAGUGUUUCAUGUAAUUGGCUGCCACUUUAUUUCUCUCAAUGUCACUCUACAUAUUUCUUUCACAGGAUUCAUACUUUAUUGUUUGUAAAUUGUUAUUUUUGUAAAAAUAUAUCGUGUCAUAAAGA